AGUUUCCCCAGCCCUCGGAUCUGCAGACUUCGACCAGCGACUCCACGCCUAUACAGAGGGGGGUUUACAAAGUGAACAACGGCAACGGGAGGAAAGAGCGAGAGAGGAGGAGCAGGAGAAGGAGCGGGUCGGACGUGAGCUCGAACAGACCCCUUCCCCGAUCUCCCAACAGUGUACCUUGGGCCCUAAAUUCUUUCUCCUCAACUCCAUCGCACGUAUCCACCCCCACGCUCUCAAAAUGGACCCACAACCCAUGCUUCCGAAAAGCACCCCAUCGCCUUCGAAGAAGAGGAAACGAAUAGUGUUGCAGAUCCAAGAACUCGGGAGCUCGUUGGAAGUCGAACCAGAUAAUUUCCAGACUGCAUGGUACAGCUUGCGAGCUCUCGUUAACGAUAUCUCCACCUCCUCAGAGGCAACACUUGCUCCAUCGUCUCUCAGGACUAUUACCGAAGCUCUAGAUCUCUUCGAUUUGCACGAAGACAGGACGGAUCCUUUCACAGGUGUACAAGGCUUACCAGUACCUGCAUAUCUCGAGCAGAACCUUGCCAGGAUCUACUCUGUGACGACUAGCGGCCCAAUUUCAAGCAAUGAGGCCUUAUCCCGCAUGAUCAUAGAUCAGAUACUUGUCUGCUGUUUGUAUGAGGAGAGCCAAAGAUCCGACCAGCAGCCACCCAAGCCAGCUACACACACAGACAAAGACUCCUCGCACACGCCUUCCCGUGCGUCAGACACAAACACAGAAAGAGAAGAGCCUGCUAUGCUGGAGCUUCUUCAUGAGACACCGUUAUCGAGAGUUGUAACCCAUCAGGGACAGACCAAGCGACUGUGUGGAUUCUCGGAUUACAGUAUUUGGUAUGAUAGAUCUAGGGAGGGAAAGGCAACAAUGGCGACGAAUCUUCUGAUCGUGGAAGCAAAACGUCAGUUUUAUACUGAUGCUGCAUUGCCACAACUCGCCAGCUACAUGGGGAUCGUCCAUGCUUCACGUAAAGACGCAUCAAACAAGAACUGUAUAGUGUACGGCAUUGCGUCUGAUGGGAGGAACUUUCGCUUCUGUCGGAUCGAUAACAAUGGAGUGUUCACCAGCAGCUGUCUUCUAGAGUGGGACCGGCACAAGGAUCAAAUCUACAGUAUUAUACGCUCCCUCCUCCGAGCAGCAGCCCUCUCAUCGCCAAGUACAACGCCAAUCAAGGACCCUAUGCGUAGGAAAAUAGUCCUCGCAUCAUUCGGUAGCCCACAACGGGCCCAGAAGUUCGACUAUGGUUUUAGUCAAUUGCACUUUUAUGACUUGGAUGAUCUGGAGGAUGCUGAAAUUGUCCACUUGAUCUCCGAUUGGCAGGAAUGAAAGGACAUGUUGUAUUCGCGGGUCGUGUGCCGUAGCAGCACACUGUUGGUGUUGGUCACUGAUGUGUUACGAUCAAUAUAUUUACAGUAUUUCUAUUUGAGA